AUGGCGGACGCGGAGCUAGAAGAAAUCAGACGGGCUCGUCUGGCACAGCUUCAACAACAAGGUGGUCCCCGCGGAGGGCCAAGUCAGGAGGGUGGACAGGAUGAACAGCGAAGGCAAGCCGAAUCCGACCGAAGGGCUUCGAUCCUAACUCAGAUUCUUGACCCUGCUGCUGCCGACCGUCUUGGCCGCAUCCGCCUCGUUAAGGAAUCUCGCGCCGUCGACAUUGAGAACCGACUCAUCAUGCUGGCCCAGACAGGUCAGCUGCGGCAAAAAGUUACCGAAGAACAGCUCAAGGAGCUCUUAAACGCCGUCGCAGAAAACCAGCGUAAGGAGGAGGAGGAACACAAAAUCGUGAUUACCAGACGGAAAGGCGGCUGGGAUGACGAUGACGAUUUACUUGAUUUGUAA